AUGGUUGAAACAGCCCUAACUGAGGGGACCCCAAUAGAUUUAUUGGCCAUCAGGGGAUGGAUCCAGAGAGGCAUAUGCCUGAUUGGAAAUGCCAACACAGCUUUGGCCACCAAACGGCGUAAAGCCAUAUUGAUGAAAAUUGAGCCUAAACUAAUAAACCUGGCAAUAUCUGAGCCUGGCACACAGGCAAAAGGUCUCCUGUUCAGAGACGACUUCGUUAAAACCCUGGGCAAAUAUGUCAACACCUUUACGGCACUAGACAAGGCACAAAAGAGUAUGAAGCGAAAGUUCUCACAGAAGGUUUUCGGUGGGGUCGGCAGACAGCGGGGCCGUCUGUCCGGCCGCUCCUCCCAGACUUCAUACCGGGGCCACAACGAGGUUCCAACCUCCGGAAUCCAGAGUACCGUCACCAUUCUUCCUGACCAGGGGCAGGUCGUGGCACCCGCGUGGAACCAGGGGAUCCUCCUAUGGCCGUCGGCCUUAUGUUAA